AUGGACAACAACAUCGAUUUUAAGCUUGUGCAUGAUUACAUCAAACCAGGAUAUUCACGUAAGAAAGGAAAACGUGGUGUGGACUAUUUCAACGAAGAAAGCGAGUUGCUUGCCUACAUACGCUCGGAUAGUGAUCUUUGCAGCCGUGUAUUCCCUGAGGAGCCGAUGGCGUCAGUUCCUGCAGAAAGUCGCAGUAAGUAA